AAGAGCCUUCAGUUUACAGACAGAAGGAAAAGGGGGAACCUGAAGCAAACGACAGCUUGUGAGUUCCCUCUUUACCUUGCUGUCUCCGACAAAAUCCCAACCUCUCUCGGCGAUGGCGGAGAGCCCCAUGUCGCCGGCGUCGCGGGUGGACUUCUACGGCUUCCUCGACCGCAUGCGCCGCCCCGCCGCCGCCGACCUCUUCCGCUCCAUCAAGAGCUUCCUCGCAUCCCUCUCCCUCGACGAGCCCAGCGCCGAGGAGGACGGCGCCAGGGUCCAGGCCUUCUUCACGGCGAUGGAGACGACCAUCCGGGAGCACCCCCUUUGGGCCAACGCCACUCAUCAGGAAAUCGACCACGCCCUCGAGGGCCUGGAGAAGUACAUCAUGACCAAGCUGUUCGACCGCACCUUCGUGUCGUCGGCGGAGGACGCGGCGGCCGACGCCGAGGUCUCGGAGAAGAUCGGCCUCCUGCAGCAGUUUCUCAGGCCUUGUCAUCUGGACAUACCCAAGAUUCUGCACAACGAAGCGUCCUGGCUGCUUGCAGUUAAAGAGUUGCAGAAGAUUAAUUCCUUCAGAUCACCACGAGAUAAGCUUCUAUGUAUUAUGAGCUGUUGCCAAGUCAUCAAUAACUUGUUGCUGAAUGUGUCAAUGUCAAAUGACCGAUCACCAUCUGGGGCUGAUGAGUUCCUUCCUAUUCUCAUUUAUAUUACUAUCAAGGCUAAUCCUCCUCAGCUGCACUCAAAUCUAAAGUUUGUUCAACUCUUUAGAAGAGAAGCGAAACUUGUUUCUGAAGUCGAAUAUUAUCUCACAAACCUCAUUUCAGCAAAGAUGUUUAUAGUUAAUGUUAAUGGGCACUCGCUAUCCAUGGAAGAAAGUGAGUUUCAGAAGCAUAUGGAAUCUGCAAAACUAGGUACUCAAAUAUCGGCUGCUAGCCCUAGUACCCCGCAAGGGUUGGCUACAUCUACGAGGGGACCACAGAAGCAAACUGAUAUGGAAGGUUCCGUAUUCCCUUACAUGGAGUCAGAGACUGAAAGCUUGACUGCAGCAGAGCUCAAGCAGUUGCAUGGGCUCUACAGGCAAGUAGUCACCAGAUACACACUGCUGUCUAAAGCUUUAAGAAAGUUAUCCGUAGACGAGGAGCGACUUCUUGCAUCAGUAGAUGAUCCCUGAACUGAUAUGAAGAUGCUGGCCAGAGAUGGCAUUGGUUUCAUCACAAAACAUCCUCCAUAUCCUUGUACUGAUGCACGUGUGAUGGAGUAAACACACAUGCGGAAUUUUCCAUCAAGAGUACAAACCAGGUUCAAAGCUCAUGCUACCACACUCGAUGCAUCUGCAAAAAGGGCCCCAGGAGGCACUGCAGUAUCUCUGCAGUUUGCAUGCCGUCAUUCCUCGGAACAGAAGCACUGGGUGUGUUGCGGAUGGCAUAUAUUGCCGUUGCCGCUGAUCCUGUUCGACUGCUCUGUCGUACCACAAGUUCUCUGUGAUGAAAGUUAUAUCCGCUGCCUCGGUGCACCUGACUGGGGCAUCACAAAUUCACAAGCGACGCCUAUACCUCUGGUCUGCUCUUGCUUCUGUUGCCAAUCCCUGAUAAGCUAUCUGUCAAAGUUCCCUGCAUCAGCGUGGCGCAGAACUGCUGCAAAUUGGUGAUGGGGUAGUGGAGUGACCCAUUCUAUUUCUACCUGAGUAAUCAACUUUCAAGUGGUAGCAAGGUCAUACAACUUGCUACAGGGUGUCACAUGGCAUUGGAGUAUUCUCUUGUGGAAUUCCUGGACAUACUUCUGCAGUGUCGCUAUCAAAUGUAUAUUUCUUUUGCGGGUAGCUAGUAAAUGUAUUUUGUCGAAGAAUACAAAUGUCUCAAGCUCUUCCUACUACUAACUUUUAUGUAAAACAUAAGUUCUGAUUCACAAUAUGUUGUAGUCAUGUAAGAACUCGAGGUCUGAGCUUUCACUACUGUACAUCAUGUCAUCAUUCUGAGCUUUCUCUAACUGCAAAACAGAAGUUCUGAUUCACAAUAUGUUGUAGUCAUGUAAGAGCUCGAGGUCUCUAACUGUACAUCA